UUGAAACAUUUGCCACUGUGAAGAAACACACAGAAUUAUUGAACUGUCAAAUUGGCACGACAUCUGGUUUAAAGCAAAUAAUUGUUUUCCAAAACUAAAAAUAUGCAAAAAGCCAGCGCAAAGGAAACUUUUCUUGUUACCAACACUCUCAACUGUUUACCAUUUCUAUUAGAUGGCUAUUCCGUAUUAAUAGAUUUACGGAAUGAAAUUUCUGUAGCCGGUAGGAUUGAUGCUUCUGGAACGGAUGGCUUUAUGAAUAUUCACUUGACUGAAGUCGUAUUGAUUGACCGCAAUGGACUACAAUAUCCCUUCGAAGAGUUCAUGGUACGACCACGCAUGAUACGCCAAAUCCACAUACCUUCUCAUAUAGAGGCUGAAAGGGCGAUUCGCGAUUGGUUAGAUCAUGGACGCAAACCAAUCAGAAAAAUUCCACUACAACGCAAAGGAAAAAUGACUUUCAAACAAAAGCGCGCCGAAACACGACACAAGGAAGUGCUGAGUGAAAUAGAAAAAUCAAAACAGAAGCAAAGUAGCGGGACCUAAAACAGGAAAUUGUAGCAAAUAAUUUAACUGCCUUCUGUUAAUCCAUUGCACAUUUCAUACAAUAACUAUUUUAUUCAAUUAGCAUUUAAAUAUGCACAUACAUAAGUACAGUUUAUAAACCAAACCUAGAAGUUAAGUGAAAUGAAAAAUUCAUAAAAUUAUUAAUUCAAAUAAAUAUUUGUGUAUGCAAUUACACAGAAAUAAGAAAUGCAAAGCGAAUCCAUGCAAGAUUCAACUAAAGAAAAAAUGUAACUGCCUAAAUGAGUCCCAUAAGGAAGUACGCAACGGGUAGUAUUAAUGCCGCCUUGGCGUUAGAGAGGCCAAAAGCAACGAUGACCAGCUUCCAUAUGCCAUAGUAGAAAGCCAACUGCAGGACGACGUGUAAUGCGAGCAGUCUACAAUACAAAAUAACAAAAAAAUCCGACAAUGUCUUCGUUGACUCUUUGCUUAGAUACUGACGCACACCCAUGAUAGUGUUAAGGAAGUAAUCAUCCCAAGCCAGAUCACCAAUGUCUAUGAAAAAUAUUUCACGAUCGCGUGGAUCCAUUUGCUUCGAAAGUGCCAACGUAUGUUUGCUGUCAUAAUGCCAUUCGGUGAAAAUAAACUUCUCUAAAGUAUUCAAUGAAUUCCAAACGCUCUUGUGCAGGCGAAUGAGGCUGAGGCGAAGAAGUAAAAGUAAAAUUAAGUGAAAAAUGCACGAGUUAAAAUGGGCCAUUAUACUUACAUAGGUCUGCCGCCGCUUAGCUUAGUGACCAAAUCCAAAAAGAAGCCGGGUAUAAAAUGGAAAAGUAUAGCGCCCAAGCGAAAGAGGAAUAGACUCUUGACAAGCUUUAGAUUUGGAUACCUGUCAGAGAACAAUUAUUUAGUUAGUGAAAAGGAAAAAGAAAAUAAUAAUAAUAGGGAAAAUCACCAAACAGCUGAAACCAAAGGAUAUUCGUGAAGGAAUGCAUUAAUUUUAUUGAUUAAGAACUCGAAGCGGAAUGGCUUGUAGGUGCUGGACGUAAGAUGGAAUAUUUGUAACUCAGCUGGCUUGCCGGCGUUUUUGACUCUGAAAAUAAAGAAAAAAUAGUAAUUUAAUAAGAAUGAAAUUAAAGGAAUUGUGAAAUGAAAGCAAAAAAAAAAAAAAAUAAUUAAACUAAAAGAACAAAAAAAAAAAAAUUAUCAAACUAAAAGAACAAAAAAAAAUUAUUAAACUAAAAGAACAAAAACAGGACAGUCGGUUCUACGUUACCGGAACGACCCGGAUUUACUAUAUAUUUGGCCAAGGACUGUCACUCCAGCACCACUUCCCGCACAUGUAUGGGGAAUGGUUUUGCUGCUACAACAACAACAACAAAAGGAAAGAAAAAUAUUAAACUAACAGAACAAACCAAAAUGCAAUAAUAUCUGAAAUGAGCUUAUUUUCAAUUGAAAAUCA